AGAAGUGCUGACCAUGAAAACCAAAAUAUUGGCUAUUCAACCCAAGAGGCAAUUUGAAUUGGAAAAAACAGCGAGCAAAGGUAAGAAACAACGUAGGUGUUUCCUUCCUCUGGUGCUCGCUGCCACUUUCCAUGCCACACCAAUUACCAAAAAACAAAGAAAGCACCACUCUCACAUGACGACUUCAAGUUCAAUAACCAGCAAUGAACACUGCAACAUCUCCAAUGAGUUUUUCUAAUUCUAAUAACUCCAACAAACCAACGUCUCCUUCACCUACCAUUCAGCAACGCAGGCUUACGAGACAGAGAAGGCUUCGUUACAUGAGCGACCAAGACGCUGGGUUAGGGUUACAUCCAACCUCUUCUUCUUUACCUGCUUCUCCUCUUCCCUCCUUCGUUAAAUCUUCAGACCACUGGUCUUCCUCUGCUAUUCCUCAACCCCUUCCACGUCCCGAUUCCCCGUUGACUCGCAGACCUGAUCUUGGAUCUCCUCCGUUCGAACACCCUCCCUUCGCUUUUCCCAGAAAGUCGGUGGAUCAUGAUGCGGUGAAAAGUUUACGAUCUUCGAGCAAUUUAGGAAGACCGUCGUUUGACCAGGCUACUGCUAAUGCCAAAUAUGAUUUGAGAGUGAAUAUUCCGCACGCGAGAGUCUUGGCGGGUAAUACUAGUUCAUGUAAAGUUCACAAAGAGGUUUCUCAUGAUAAUGAUUCUGAGAAUAUUUCCAACUUGAGAUUGCGUUCUUCUGCUAAGAGUGCCCCAACCAGUAUAUUCUCCAGUCCUGUUACUAGUCCACGUAGGUCCAGUAAUGUAGAUUUACACGAUCCUUCCCUCAAUUUUCCUCAAGAUUUUCAUGAUAUUUUGAAAGUUUCACUGCCUAAAACUACUCAGAGUCCAGACCGGUCUCCUCUGCACAGUCCUUACCUUAAUCCUAAUAUUCAAGAGGGGUCUCAGCUCCAUAAAUUUUGCUCCAGAGUGUGGCCUGAAAGUAAUCAUGUCGAUGCACAUCCGCUUCCUCUUCCUCCUAGAGCUUCACUGCCUGCACAGUCAUGUUCACAGCAUCAACCUGUCAUCGUGCAUCACACCACAGAAAACUCACCUUCCUUGAAAGGUCAAUGGCAGAAAGGAAAACUUAUUGGACGUGGAUCGUAUGGAAGUGUUUAUCAUGCGACCAAUUUAGAGACUGGCGCCUCUUGUGCAAUGAAAGAGGUGGAUCUGUUCCCUGAUGAUCCUAAAUCUGCUGACUGCAUUAAGCAACUAGAGCAGGAAAUCAGGAUUCUCCGUCAACUACACCACCCCAACAUUGUGCAGUAUUAUGGCAGUGAAAUAGUUGGCGAUCGACUGUACAUAUAUAUGGAGUAUGUUCAUCCUGGAUCACUUCAUAAGUUUAUGCAUGAACAUUGUGGAGCUAUGACAGAAUCUGUAGUUCGCAAUUUUACACGGCAUAUUCUCUCCGGAUUGGCAUACUUACAUAGUACCAAGACUAUCCAUAGGGAUAUCAAAGGUGCAAACUUGCUAGUUGAUGCAUCAGGCAUAGUUAAGCUUGCAGAUUUUGGGGUAUCAAAAAUUCUGACAGAAAAAUCAUAUGAACUUUCAUUGAAGGGCAGUCCCUACUGGAUGGCUCCUGAGCUCAUGAAGGCUGCCAUAAAGAAAGAAUCCAAUCCUGACAUUGCCAUGGCCAUUGAUAUAUGGAGCUUAGGGUGUACUAUCAUCGAAAUGCUGACAGGAAAACCUCCUUGGAGUGAAUUUGAAGGGCCUCAAGCCAUGUUCAAGGUACUUCACAAAUCUCCAGAUAUACCCGAAACUUUGUCAUCAGAGGGACAGGAUUUCCUUCAGCAGUGUUUCAGAAGGAAUCCUGCUGAUCGACCAUCGGCGGCAACACUUCUUACGCAUGUCUUUGUACAAAAUUUGCAUGAUCAAGAUGUUGUAGUUCAUUCACAUGGCCAUCCCAGAGGAGACCCUGGACCAGGAGAUUAUUCACGUAAGCAUAGUCCCGGUCACACUUCAAAAAAUAGCCGUGGUCUAGUGCCAGCCUUUCGCACACGAAUUUUUAAUAAAAUUAAUAAUUUAAUAGGUGACACUUCCAAAAAAUAUGAUACUGAAUCUAAUCAUAUGACAUCUUCUCGCGACUCUCCUUGCUCACUGACAGAAGUAAACAGUCCUCAAUCUCCCUUGAGAUCUAACGCACUCAAUUACAUGACUGUUACUAAUUCCGGCAACAUACCCUUCACCGUUAUGAGAAUCAUCAGGCACAUUUGAAGCUUGUCACAGUCAGUACUCUCACUGGGUAAAGGACAAUUAUCGUUGCAGGGAUUUGGAAACUAGGCAUUAUUCGUGCUGUUAAAAAAAUAUAUCAACCCGAAGUGGUAAAAGAAAUGAUAAAUUCACAUUCAUUUGCAGUUAUUAUGUACAUAAUAACAAGUCUAGGUUAGUUGAACCUAUUCCCACGCGAGAAGUUCACAUGUAAAUUUAAUUGAUUAUAUAAUCUUUUAGGAAUAAUCAUUAUUUGUUCUUUUACAUUACAAUUUUACAUCCUCCGUCGUAUCCUUC